CUCUCAAUUAGCAGUAAUUCAUUACUGUGUUGUCUUGUGUGAUUACAGCAGCAGCAGCAGCAGGGCAGCCCUGGGGAGGAAAUGUUUUUGAGAAGGAGCAGAGAAAGGAAGAUGAAGUUUCCAAGCCUGGAUAAACAGCCGUAGACGUACGUGUGUGUGUGUGUGAAUAUUUCAAUAAAAAAGACAAGAGGCACUGUUUUAAUCGUCAGUGCAGAUAAGUACAAUUAAUCUGCAGCAGAUCAGUGUUAAGAGAGUAAAUCUGCUAACCUGCUAGUCUGCAGGAGCGGUGAGUGAUGAAGCUGCUGUGAAAACCAGCAGAGACCAGACAGAUCCUGAGUGCUGAAGGUCCUGCCUGCCUGAGCCGUGUCCCUGAGCCGUGUUCCCGAGCCGUGUCCCUGAGCCCUGUUCCUAAGCCGUGUUUCCGAGUCGUGUUCCCGAGCCGUGGGGAUGCUGAGUAUCUGGAGGCGCUCAGUGAGCGAGGUGCAGGCUCUGCAGGCUGCGGUCAGCGUGUGCAAGAAGGCCCAGGCCUCUCUGGUCAGAGUGACCGCCUGCUUCCAGCAGCUGGUGCUGAGUGUGGGGGGGAGCUCAGACUGCAGCCGACUCCGAGAGGAACUGGAGGAGACCCGGCUCAGAGCUCACCAGAUCAGCACCGGUCUGUGUUCCCGGCUGACCGCUCUGCUGACCGGUGGCCGUCUCUUCGGUGAGGAGCAGCAGGAGGUGGAGAGGCUCUGGGUCCUGUUCCUGUCCGGUCUGGAGCUGCUCCAGCUGGAGCUACGCAAGGCCUUCCACCUGCAGGCCGUGUUCCCUCUGGCCAGCCCUCGGGACAGCCGGGCGCUGGUCAACACCGGAGCGAGCGGCCGCAGCGCAGAGGUGGCUGCGCAGGCAGCGAGCGUCCAGACCCCCUGGGGCGAGGCGGAGGAGAAGGGAGAGGGGGCGCCUCCGAAUCUGCUCGGGCACAUCGUGCUGCUGGACUCCAUGGUCCAGGAGAUGGUGCAGAAGGUGAACGUGCCCAUAUGGACGGUGGCAGCUUCGGAGGAAGGCGAUGGGGAGAUGGAACUGGAGUUAGAGGGAGCCACUUCAGAGGAGAUGCUGACCACCGACGUGGAGCAGAAAAGGGGCUGCUUCAGGGGCUGGCUCCUCUGCUUGAUGCCCUGAAAAUACACAGAGAUACACCGGUAGAAGCAGUUGUAUUUUUAACCUAAGGAGCAAAAGCCUCUAAGCCAGGCUGCUGGAUACCAGUACCUCUUUAUUCUUAGUCUGCUAGACAAGCUUUCCUAACCCUGAAUAUAACCAGGAUGGGAAUCCAGUGAGGUGUCAGGGGCUCCGAAUUAGCCAUCAAUGUGUAUGCUUAGUUCAGACAUUGUCAGUUCAAAACAGAUGGAAUGGGUUAGAGAUAGGAUUAGAGGUUUAUGUACAACAAUUCAGUAGUGAAAAAAAAAAUUGCAUCCUGCGUCUCAACACUCCACUGCAGGCUGAGCAAAGAAAUUGCAAGGGGAAUAAAACAAAUCUGCUGAAAUAUUGUGCACUUAGUUAAUUGAGAAGUGAAGACACACCAGGAUUGACUGCUAAACCUCAUAGAGAAUGUCUUAAUGGUACUGUACACUUCCGCAAAGGCUAAAAUAAAGAACACUUAC